AUGAGCUCCCCGGAUGAGGUGUCAGCCCCUGAAGUCUGUGGUGACAAGGACACCGCUUCUGCCGGUGACAUGAAUUCCCGGGAUCAGGGGUCUGCUCCUGAAGCCGAUUUGGGCCAGGAGGGCAGGGAGCACUUAGGGGACCCCCUGAUCAGCCCUAGAGUAGUACCGGGGGCCUCAAGCCUCAUCCAAGGUCCUCUGGAGAUUGGAGACGGUGAGGGCGGCCUCCCGGGUAUGGAAAGCUGCGGGUUGCAAUCUGAGCGGAAAUUGGAAGCGACAGAGGAAGGAGAAGGGGUGCAUAGGGACCCGGAAGGCCGGACCAGUUCCCCCGUGAACCAAGAAGAGGUCGGCCUGGACUUUCUGCCCCAGCUCAGUAUUGAGGCUAUGGCUAUGAUGCGCGAGCUGACCAACCUGCAGACCCGAAGAGUCUGCAGGUACCAGUCCCCACAGACCUGUGCCGCUGAACUGGCUGCCCUUUGGGGACAUAUGGAUGAAGGCUCCAACAGAGGGGCCCUGUCCCUGAGCACUGUAGAAGGGAAGCAGACCUCUGCAGGCUCCCUGUACCCCCGGGGCCUGGGACGAAGCAGAGCCUGGGUGACCCCGAGGAGAGGAACCACAAAUAGGAUAGUGAGCAGUGAAGCUGUGCAAUGUCCCUCCUAUAACCCUACGUCUUCUGAUGAGUCCAAUGAGACGGGGGUGAUGAGGGUGACCAUUUGCCUCAAAGAAGGAGGCCAGGCCAAGCCCACUGGCCUCACUGAGCGGGAAGACACAGGCAAACACACGAGUGUCCAUGGCAGGGGAAGUUUCGUCCAUGUGCCCCCCUCUGUAAUGUCCAGUACGAACCGGACACUCAGCUCAGGCGUGGAGAAGCAGGCUUUGGGAGAGCUGGAAGGCUCUCUGUCGAAGAAAAAGCCAAGUAUAGUCUGGGGCACAGAAGGGAGCAGACCCAGCUUCCCAGGAGCGACUUCUGCUGCCACAGCUGCUGGAGCAGCAGCCUCUGCUGCUGUCCCUGCACCUACUCCUGCUGCUUCAGGGGCCUUUCCCAAGACCAGUCCGAGAAAGAAGGUACCCCAGGAGAAGAAGCCCUUGACAGAUGCCUCAAAAGGAUCCCUGGGAGGAACCUUCCCACCAUGGGGACAGAGACUCAAGUCAGCUCCUGUAAGGUCAGCCACCCUUCCCCCGAUCUCCGGGGUUGCCCUGCUUGGGAAGGCCAGUAAACGCUCACUGGUUUCCAGAACAAAAGAAUGCAAGCCUUUCUGCACUGGGAAGAGAUCCAUAGUAAGGAAGACAAAGGAAUCCCAACCAGGGGCCAAAGAAGAUAAUGACCCAACCAGAGAUCCUGGCCUGCAGGCCCAACUUCCAACACACAGGGCAGAGCAGCCUUGCACGUGCACGCAUCGUGGAGAAAUGAGCAGUGGAGACCCCAACACCAGAGCACCCCAAGUUGUGGGAAACUCUCAGGUCUUGUCCUUGAGCCAGAGAAGUGCCAGACCUAGAGCACCUGCACCGGCUGGGGACCAGGAUAUACUUGUGGGUCCUUUAUUACCUGUUGAAGAGGGUGAACCAGUAUUACAAGGCACACCAGGCUGUCCUCAGUGUCUGAUGCUACGGAAGGAAAUAGAGGAACUCAAGGAACAACUAGCCAUCAUGCAGGCCCUCAACGAAAAGUUCCAGGAUCUUUGAAAUGAUGCUCUGCUGUCCACAGGCCCUUUGAAGUUGGACCCAGCAUCCCUGCAGAAGAGGCCAGGCUACUGCCCAUGGAUCCUGCUCCCUUCCCGUCACUCUACAGCACUGGUUCUCAGCCUUCCUGAUGCUGCCACCCUUUUAUACCAUUCCUCGUGUUGAUGUGACCCCCAGCAUAAGAUUAUUUCAUUGUGACUUUCCUGCCUGUAAAUUAGCUACUGUUAGGAAUUUUAAUGUAACUAUCCCACAAGCUGAGAACCUGUGUUCUCCAGCCAGAGCCCACUUUGUGCCCCCGACUUUGCCCCUUGCCUACCCCUGGGGACAGCUGUUGCACACUAAGUAGUUUUGUCCUGUGUAUGGUCCGCCCUUUCUCUUCUGGUGGGUGAUGAGGUACAGCAACAGGGUGGUGGAAACUGUUCCUUUCCCACCCUUCCAAGAACACUAGCCCUCCUUUAC